GCCAGGAGUCAUGAAGAGCUGCAGCGGGUAACUUGGUGCUCAUGUGUGACUGUUAAUUUGCAAAAGUGCACGGCGGAGUUAUCUACGAGCUUCCGUUGCCUGACUUAUGUGAAGUCAUCAAUAUUUUUACUAUUCCCACGAGAAAAGACGCAACUCCUGCUCUCUCUGCAGUGCACCCCAAAAACACCACUGAGCUGUCAUCAAGCCGCUGCUAGGGACCGAGUUGCACGCAUGGAUCUGAUUGCAGGGUGAGCUGGCGACCUUGUUGACAGAGACGCACUCUCACUUCAGGACCAUGAGCAUGGCACUGGCCAGGCUCCAGUCUCACCUGCCCUGUGCUAACCCAACCAGUGUCAAGCAUCGGCACGCUUCCAGCAAAGCUUGCUGAACAGGACUGUGUGGAGAGCCAUGCUGUCUGGGACUUGGCGGCGCUCCGUGGGGCACCAGCAGUCUGCUGCACCGCCGGCGGUGGCCUCCAGGGGGAUGACGGUGUGCGGGGUCCCCAGCGGCACGGUGGUCCUCGAGGCCCAGUAUGACUACAACUACCGCGGGGCUGACGGACGGCAGGUCUGCAUUCGGGAGGGCGAACGGUUUAUUCUCCUGAAAAAGACCAACAGUGACUGGUGGCAGGUGCGGAGGAUCGGGGCAGCCAGUAAAACAAAGCCACUGUACGUCCCUGCCACGUACGUGACGGAGGUGCCCAUUGCACCGAUGGCCUCGCCCCAGCGCCUGGUCAUGUCCGCCUCGCUGAACUCCAACCUCAGGGUACUGCCAAGGGUGUCGCUCUCUCCCAGCCCAACAGCGACUCCCUAUAAUGAACAGCAUCAAGUGAACAAACCCAUCUACCGCUCCAUGGAAAACCUCAACUCCAACAGUGCCUUUCACGGGCUGGACAACCACACCAGCAUGGAUGGGGGCCGCUUCCCCAUCCUGCCCCUCUCUGGAUUCAGCUUUACCCCCAGCUCUCCCACCUCCCCGUCGGGCCACCUCAUGGUCCCUGGGUCCCCCGCAGCUUCCACGGCCCAAACAGCACCACGGAACCCCAGGGUGGUCCCCAUGAUCACUCGGAGCCAGAGCUCCAGCAACCUGCCUGAAAACGUUGCGGAGAACCCGUACGACGAGGUGGGCGGCGGUUUCAGCAGCCACAGGAUGCCCAAGAAGUCUUGUAGCCAGUGGGAUGUGGUGGGAGCUCCUGGCAAGAACCACCAUCUGCAGGUCCCAACAGAGUCCUAUCUGUCCCAGCUGUCCUGGCAGGACUCCCCUCUUUACACUGAAACGCAGCCAGAGAAACGUAUGUCUCAGCCAGAGCCGCCUAGUCCAGCCCCAGGUCAGCAGCCUCUUCAGACCAUGGACCUGUGGGAGCAGUACUCGGACCCGUCCACAGGGAGAAGCUACUACAUCAACAGCGUCACCAAGGAGAGGUCCUGGAAACCCCCCCGCCGAGCUCGUGGACGCACCAACAAGCAGGGCAGUCCGGUGCAACCUCAGACGUUACCGAGGGAAACCAACCAUCUGUCGCUACCACUUCCUGAAGCUGGCAAUGGAACAAUGCACACGCUGUCACCUGAUUUCCUCUUCGGGAGCCACCAGAGGAAUACUGAUGGUGGCUGGCAGAUGAAACAGAGUAUGCAGCGUGCCGCCUCCUCUGACACCCUGAGCACGAUGGCGUUCAGCAAAGGCGAGGCCCAGUUCCAUAACUCUGGCCCCCAGCAUGACAUCAAGCAGCAGCUCAGCCACUCCCAAUCAAUGCUCCUGCCUGAGAACGGCAAGCUGGUGCAGCAGUGCAGAGAUUUCUCCUGUAACGUGACCAACAUCGUCGUGGAGCCUCCGUCCCCUCAGAGCUCUCCAGACAGCGAUGGCUGCACACCGGAGUUGGAGAAAGCCGGCCUCUUGAACAAGACGAAGAUUGCAGAAGGAGGCCGGAAACUGAGGAAAAAUUGGAGCCCUUCCUGGGUGGUGUUGGUCGGGAACAGUCUGGUUUUCUUCAAAGAUCCUAAAUCACAGACUCCUUCCAGCUGGAAACCAGGAAACAGUCGCCCUGAGAGCAGUAUGGAUUUAAGAGGAGCACAGCUUCAGUGGGCCAACGAGCUGUCCAGCAAGAAGAACGUCUUCAAGCUGAGGACAGUGACAGGAAACGAGUUCCUGCUGCAGUCGGAGACAGACUCUCUGAUCAAAGAGUGGUACAACACCAUCCAGAACGUCAUCGACCGGCUGGACCGCGAGAACCCGUUAGACAACGUCCUCCUGUACUCCCUGCGGCGGGCGGGCAGCGUGGAGAUGCUGGACCACAGCGGAGACGAGGACGAGAGGAGAACGUCACUCCCUCGCUCGUCGUCCAACCUGGAGAACACAGAGAGGAAGAGAGUGAAGACCCGGCUGAAGAAGCUGAUCCUGAAGAGACCUCCUCUGCAGGCGCUGCAGGAGAAAGGGCUCAUUAAAGAUCAGGUGUUUGGCUGUCGUCUGGAGAUGCUGUGCGAGCGAGAGAGGAGCACCGUCCCUCGCUUCGUCAAACUUUGCACCGAGGCCGUGGAGAAGAGAGGACUGGACACUGACGGCAUCUACAGAGUCUCAGGGAACCUGGCAGUGAUUCAGAAACUACGCUUCCUGGUGAACCACGAGCGAGCGGUGACCACCGACGGCCGCUUCAUGUUCCCAAAGGAGUUGGUGCAAGAGGAGAAGCUGAACUUGGACGAGAGCGACUGGGAGGACGUUCAUGUCAUCACGGGGGCUCUCAAACUCUUCUUCCGCGAGCUUCCUGAGCCCCUGGUGCCCUUCGGCUUCUUCACCGACAUCGUGGAGACAGUCAAGAUGUCAGACUACAUGGACAAAGUGGAUCGUUUGAAGUGUCUGGUGCUCAACAUGCCUCCUCCAAACCAUGACACACUGCAGUUCAUGUGUCGCCAUCUCAAACGAGUGUUGGAGCGCUCAGACACCAACCGAAUGACCACCCAGAACAUCGGCAUCGUGUUCGGGCCGACCCUGAUGCGCCCGGAGCGGGACAAUGGCAACAUGGCGGUGAAUAUGGUUUACCAGAACCAGGCAGUGGAGCUCAUCCUCAGCGAGUUUGACCACAUCUUUGGAACACGAGGCCCGUCGUGAUCUUUACGGACAGAGGGGGUUCAAAACGCUGCUCCAGAUCAGACGAAAGCACAAGUAGUGCAGCAUUUGUCCUCUUUGCCUGUUGACUCAUGUGGUGUAAAAUGGAUUUCACAUCAAAAGAUAAUUACGGGGUAAAAAGAACCAGGACAGAAAGCUGCUAAUCAUGACAUCUGGCCUCCAUAUAAAGCCAUGUUAAAACAAUAAUAGUAAAACAAACCAAUUUUAGCUGCAAUACUUGUGUCUUUGACUGCAGAUGUGGAGCCCAGCCCCGGUGUUCUUUGCGGCUGGAACAGACGCCUCCAUGUCACUUUUCCUUGAUGUUUCAGACCUGAUCAGGAUAAAUGAAAGCCAUAAAAGUGAUAAAGCUCCUCCAGCCGGUCCAGCUAGCUGAGUGUUAAUCAGUUAUUUAUCAAGGAAGGAUGUGUCUUAACGUAGCACUGAAACAAAACUCAGCAGAACCAUCUCACUGUGAAAACACAUGCACCAGCAGCUCUUGCAGCAAGGACGGACAGAUCCCACCUGCGGCAGUGGAUAGCCUGUAAAAUAUGCAAACAAGCAGGAAGCGAACUGGGCGUGUAAAUGUGCCCGUAUCGCCACUGAAGCUAUACAGUGUUUAGAUGAAGAGUUUUUAGGUUCAUUUCAGAGUUCAGAGGUGAAGCUUGUGAAUGUUCCAAGAGGGCAGAAAAUGUUCCUUUGUACCAAAUAGUACUUUUUAGUGUGUGGACCUUCAAAGCUUCCCUAAUUGUACAAACUUGGAUCUAUCUGUAAGUUAAAAAUAUGAAACUGUAAAUAUGUGAAAUACUGUCUUUGUCAGCUGUUAGCACUUUGCAUACAGUGUGUAACCUAAACAUGACAUAUUAGCCAAAUUCAAACUCAUACUUUUGAAAUUAACUGUGUUGUUAAGAUAUUGUUGGGCCUGAUUGUUAACUCUCCUGCAAUAAAUAGUAAACCACCUGAUUUGA